UGGGAGGGAUGGCAGCUGGAGCAUCCAUCCAUUGAUUGGAAUCAUUCAGAUACUGGUAUUGCAUCGUCCGGAGGAAAGAAGCACAAUCUUUCCAGCGAAAUCAGUUCCCCUUGGCUCCCCAAAAUUAGGAGUAGUAAUUGCCUUGUUGGCACCUUGGGUUUUUCAGGGAAGGGAUGGAGCACAUCAGAACCCCAAAGGUUGACAAUGUUCGUUUGCUGGAUCGAGUCUCCUCAAAGAAAGCAUCAGUUGGUUCGCUGUAUCUGACGGCAACACACUUGAUUUUUGUAGAGCAUUUGUCUGAAUCUCGGAAAGAAACCUGGAUACUUCAUAGUCAGAUCUGUGCUGUGGAAAAGCAAGCAACAACUGCAACAGGCUGUCCCCUGCUUAUUCGUUGCAAAAACUUCCAGGUCAUCCAGUUUAUCAUUUCACAAGAAAGAGAUUGCCAUGAUAUUUACAUUUCGUUAAUUCGUUUAUCACGCCCAGUAAAGUAUGAAGAAUUGUAUUGCUUCUCAUUUAACCCAAAGCAAGAAAAAAAUGAGAGGGACCGAGGCUGGAAUCUGAUUGAUCUCAAGGCUGAAUACAACCGCAUGGGGGUUCCUAAUAGCUUGUGGCAAGUUUCUCAUGUAAAUAGAGACUAUGGGGUUUGUGAUACGUACCCUGCUGAGUUGUAUGUACCAAAAUCGGCCUCUACACCGGUUAUAGUUGGCAGCUCCAAAUUCAGGAGCAGAGGUCGCUUUCCUGUUCUCUGUUAUUUCUGCCAGGAUAACAAUGGUGCUAUUUGUAGAAGCAGCCAACCUCUAUCAGGUUUCAGUGCUCGGUGCCUUGAAGAUGAACAGAUGCUUCAGGCCAUCAGGAAGUCAAAUCCAGGAAGUGAUUUCUUGUAUGUUGUUGAUACCCGGCCAAAGCUAAACGCAAUGGCAAACCGAGCAGCAGGAAAAGGAUAUGAAAAUGAAGACAACUAUUCGAACAUAAAAUUCCAUUUCAUAGGGAUAGAAAACAUCCAUGUAAUGAGAAAUAGUUUGCAAAAACUGCUGGAUGUCUGUGAGCUUCGAUCACCUUCAAUGAGUGACUUCCUAUGGGGUUUGGAGAAUUCAGGCUGGUUGAAGCACAUUAAAGCCAUCAUGGAUGCUGGUAUAUUUAUUGCAAAAGCAGUUGCCGAGGAAGCAGCCAGUGUGCUCGUUCACUGCUCAGAUGGUUGGGACAGAACUGCACAGGUUUGCUCCAUAGCAAGCCUGUUACUUGACGCAUUUUACAGAACCAUAAAGGGAUUCAUGGUUUUAAUUGAAAAAGAUUGGGUUUCCUUUGGACACAAGUUUAACCACAGAUACAGUCAUUUGGAUGGUGACCCCAGGGAGGUUUCGCCAGUAAUUGAUCAGUUUUUUGACUGUGUCUGGCAGCUGAUGGAACACUUCCCAUGUGCCUUUGAAUUCAAUGAAAGGUUUCUGCUGCACAUUCAUCAUCAUGUCUACUCCUGCCAAUUCGGCAACUUUAUUUGUAACAACAAUAAAGAGAGCAAAGAGUUAAGAAUUCAGGAGAAAACUCACUCACUAUGGCCUCACUUGUGGAAAAAUCAAAUAGAUUAUAAGAAUCCCCUCUACAGACAAGACCACAGUCAGACUCAGGGAGUCCUGAGACCACAUACUGCUCCAUCUAACUUCAGGUUUUGGAGGAGCAUGUACAACCGGUUUGAAAAAGGCAUGCAUCCUCGGCAGCCUAUUACAGAAUUCUUGAUGGCUGUGAAGGAGGAAACCCAGCAACUGGAAGAAGAACUUGAAGUGCUAGAGGAGAAGUUAGCAAGACUGGAUCAAUCUCAUGUGAGGAACAGAAAAGAGGAAAUCAAACUGCUUCACAAACUGGAAAUCUCCACUUCUGAUCAAUGUUUAGCCAACACCCCUCAGGAUUACACCGACAGUGGGAAACCAUUCACUUCUUAUAGCCCUUCACAGGCAGAUGAAGAUUCAGAAACUACAAUUCUGAUACAUGGCAUGAAGCAUUCAGACACUGAUCUUUCUGGCAAUAGUGACCAGGAGUCAGGUGUUGCUGAUUUGAGCUGCAGAUCACCAAGUGGUGGAGACUUCCUGUCUAGUGAAGAUAGCAGCAAAAAUCUGUCAGAAUACCCAGAGGAAGUUGCCUUUGCUAUUGCAUGAGAAUUUAGUGAUGCCUGGUUAAAAAGGACCACAAAUUCAUACAUUAUGAGAGCAGAAGAUCCAUUUUAUAUUAUACACUAGUAAAUAAGGCAGAUUGUAAGUUUUUGGUAUCGUUAUAAUUUAUAAAUCAAAUUCCAUCUCAGAUCUUAAACAUAUAGAGCUCAGUUAUUUCUGAGGGAGAAACAAUUGGAAAAGUUAUUUUUGGUUAAAAGGGAAGAAACUUCAGAUUGACUACUUUAGUUUUCUUUCCUGCUGGAGGACUCUAGUGAGGUCAAUGACAGAAGUAUCCUUUACCAGGUCUGUUACAACCAGCAGGGGGCAGUCUGGGAACUGGCCAACCUUAGGAAGUCAAGCAAUUUAUUCAGCAUGUGACUAAUUUCCUGAACUCGAGCAGUUCUAAAGUUGUAACUGAUGUCAGAGUGAACCAGUAGAUAGAAGGAUUCGUACUGAGAGUCUACGUGCUGGCAAGAGAAUUGAAAUUUUUAAAAAGUGAACAGCUAGAAUUUUGUUUUAAUUGUAACUGGACCAAUAGCAUCUCAGUGAGUAUAUCCCUAGAUUUUCCAUGCUGUGAAAUUAAUUAAAUGAAGUGAACACAAAAGAUGUACUUGUAUAGCUGUAAACAUUAAGUUAUUCUAAGUAUGGCAUUUACAUAUUUGGCUUUUUAUAUGAAAUAGUUUCCUCGUCAAAUUGAAUGAUUUCUUACACAUCACCAUACAACUUCUGAAAAGAAAAAAAUUCAGGUAAAUGGCAAAAUGUGAACAUGUAAUGAGCCAAAAACACAGAAGUACCUCUAAUGUACCCUCCCUUCAAAAAAUACGAGCUGAUUAAUUUAUUUGACUUCGUAGCCUAUGCCUUUCAAUCAAGGUUAAAAAAUGUUGAAAUUGCAAUUAAUGCCAUUGCUUUGGUGUAACAGUAUUUUUCACCCCAUUCCAAUUAUUUAAUAAAAGACUAUUCAUCCUCAGUCUUGUGUCCUCACAAAGGCCAAGCAAAGAUAAAAGUUGUCUAAACAAUCAUGGAUGAAACAUACUGUGACAAAAUGGGCAAGUAUGCCAACAUAUUUUGCUACUGGAUUUUGUUUAAAAAUGGAUUACUUUGAAAUUUAAAAUGUCCAAAAAUUGCUCAUUUAUUCUCAACUUCAGCCAACAGAUACUCACGUAUGUUUUAGUAGUUACUCAAAAGCAGAAUUUUUUUUUGCAAUGUCCAUUGUGUAAAUGCACCCAGUUUCAACACUGAACACUGCUCUCUACCUUUUAUAUCUGCAAUCUUUGAAUGCAUGAGUCAAUGUCCCACAUUAGAAAACUCAACAUGUGCAAACCAUUACACGUUGAAGUUGAGAUUUUAUUCCUUCUUUUAUGAAAAGAAUAGUACGCUGGUAAAUAUAUUUGCUACUUAUAGUUUGAAAAUCCUGUUAUAUAUCUUAACAUUCUGUAAAUAGAAAAAUCUGUCACAUUAUUGUAACAUCAUUGUAUGCUUAAUGUACUAAUUAAAUACAAAAAUGUGAAGUAGGUUGUGGCAAUUCCAUAAUUCAAGCAAAAUGAAUUUUUAAAAAAGUAUAGAUUUACUUUAUAAAACAUCUGAAGUCAUGCGUCACUGCACUUUCACCUUGACCUUCUGAAAUAAGUUAUACAAAUUACCUCAGCAUGACAUUUAGAUUGCUUAUUGUAAUGUACUUAUGAAAUGCCACGAUGUUAUUCUUAAACUGAAAACUUCAGCUCAAUAAAUUUCACCAAUGAU